GAGCCGCGCCCCAGCGCGCCGCCGCGUCAUCGGCCGGGGCCGGUUGGAAUGAGCCGCGCCGCCAUGCCGCUCUUCUCAGUUAAUGUAAAAUGGGGGAAGGAGAAGUUUGACGGUGUGGAGCUGAAUACCGACGAACCUCCCAUGGUGUUCAAGGCCCAGCUUUUUGCACUGACCGGUGUCCAGCCAGCCAGACAGAAAGUUAUGGUGAAAGGAGGAACUCUGAAGGAUGAAGACUGGGGAAACCUCAAGAUAAAGAGUGGAAUGACUCUUCUGAUGAUGGGUUCAGCCGACGCUCUUCCCGAGGAGCCUGUGGCUAGGACCGUCUUCGUAGAAGACAUGACAGAAGAACAGCUAGCCUCUGCUAUGGAACUUCCUUGUGGACUGACCAACCUCGGUAACACUUGUUAUAUGAAUGCUACAGUUCAGUGUAUCCGCUCGGUACCAGAACUCAAAGAGGCCCUUAAGAGGUAUGCUGGUGCUUUAAGAGCUUCUGGGGAAAUGGCUUCAGCACAAUAUAUUACUGCAGCUCUUAGAGAUUUGUUUGAUUCCAUGGAUAAAAGUUCCUCCAGCAUCCCUCCGAUUAUUCUUCUGCAGUUUUUACACAUGGCCUUUCCUCAGUUUGCAGAGAAGGGUGAUCAAGGACAGUAUCUUCAACAGGAUGCCAAUGAAUGUUGGGUCCACGUGAUGAGAGUACUGCAACAAAAACUGGAAGCUUUAGAAGGUGACUCUGAUAUGGAGACAGAUUCUGGAUCAACAGCAGCAGCACCUCCUAAAAAGAAGAGUUUGAUUGAUCAGUUCUUCAGUGUUGAAUUUGAAACAACCAUGAAAUGUACAGAAGCUGAAGAAGAAGAAGCCACUAAAGGAAAGGAAAAUCAGCUUCAACUCAGCUGCUUCAUCAAUCAAGAAGUCAAGUAUCUUUUUACAGGACUUAAACUGCGACUUCAGGAAGAAAUCACCAAACAGUCUCCAACGUUGCAAAGAAAUGCUCUGUACAUCAAAUCGUCAAAGAUCAGCCGGCUGCCUGCUUACCUGACUAUUCAGAUGGUUCGAUUUUUUUACAAAGAAAAGGGAUCUGUGAAUGCCAAAGUUCUCAAGGAUGUUAAAUUUCCUCUCAUGUUGGAUGUUUAUGAGCUCUGUACCCCAGAACUUCAAGAGAAAAUGGUCUCCUUUCGAUCAAAAUUCAAGGAUCUAGAAGACAAGAAAGUAAAUCAACAGCCAAAGAAAACAAACAAAGGUAGCGGUACCCAGAAAGAAGUUAAAUAUGAGCCCUUUUCUUUUCCUGAUGAUAUUGGUUCCAAUAAUUGUGGUUACUACGACUUGCAAGCGGUGCUAACGCAUCAGGGAAGGUCUAGUUCCUCAGGCCAUUAUGUAUCAUGGGUGAAAAGGAAACAAGAAGAGUGGAUUAAGUUUGAUGAUGACAAAGUCAGCAUUGUUACUCCAGAUGAUAUUUUGCGAUUAUCCGGUGGUGGAGACUGGCAUAUAGCUUAUGUUCUACUCUACGGGCCCCGCAAAGUUGAGAUCAUUGAAGAGGAAGCGGAACAAUAAUCUACAUUUGGGCUAUUUCUGACUAGGUGUGAAAUAAAUGUUUGUUGAUCAUUUCUUAACCAGAGCUUUAGAAGAUGAUAAUCAGGUCUUAUACCCUAAAUAUGUAGUUUGGUACCCUCCCAUGGAGCAAAGAGGGUGAAAGUAGACUCAAAAACAAAUUCAUGUGUCAACCAGCUUAAACAAAAACAAAAAAACAAAUACCCCAGAAAAGAAAAAGUUAUCAUUUGGAAUGUGCUACCUCUAGAGGAAGGUAGCAGAGGAUAAAAGAACAUUUUAUAAGGGCUUGUUUCACGCAUUAAAAAAAAAAUCUGAACUGAAAUACCUUCUACCCUACCACUUUUAUGAUGGUGUUAAUUUCUUUCCUUCUGACCCCCACCACUAAGAAGGUUCAGCAACUGAAUAUUUAUUGCACACCUAAUACUUCAUCAUUCGUUGUUCUUGCAUGCCACCCUUCAAUAGCUGCCCAUCCUUUGCCUUAUCUAACAAUUUGAACAGGAAGGUGGGGGCAAUGAGACCCUCGUUAUGUAACUCAGUGCUGCUGCUCAUAGCCCAUGGAAACAUGGCUCCAAUCAAGUGUUUGUCCAGCCUGACCUAUCUGCUGACUCGGUCUGUUCUGUUGCUGGCAUUUCAUGACUUCAAAAUAAAUCGUGAUCAAUGAGAGAAAA